AUGGUUGUGUAUAAUAAUAUUUCACCGUCAAUGUCCUUGGAGUUCCUGUCAGACGAAUAUCUACCGGGAGAAUGUAGCGAUGAUAGCGUGGACGAAGAUGAACUUAACAGUUUUUUAAUGGGUGAGCUGACAGAACCAACUAAACCGAAAAAGAGCUCGUUCGCAGACAGGUUUACAACAAAAUUACUAAAAAAGAAGAAUAAAAAGAGAAAUAGAGAGACCUUCUAUCUAAGAAGUUCGGAAAGGAAGAAAAAGAAAAAAAAUAAAACAGCAUCGCAGUCAAGUAAGCUGACACCGGAGCUUGAAAAGUUGCUACAAGAGGCAACGGACCUGUACCUGAACAAGAACUUUGAAGAGGCAGUGAAGAUACUGAAGGAGCUGGUGAGAAGAGCACCAGGGUUGCACGACCCGUUUCACAUGCUAGGGCUGAUAUACCAAAACGAGUUCAACGACGUGACGACGGCGACGAGCUACUACCUGCUGGCAGCGCACUUGGUGCCGACUGACACUGAGUUGUGGCAGAGGAUAGGAGAGAUGAGUCAGUCGAGUGGAAACAUAGACCAGGCUAUUUACUGUUUCAAGAAGUGCCAGCGAGACCAGGACGGAGAGCUCAACGAGCAAGCAGUGUUUGCACUGGCAAUAUGCUACGUAGAGAAGAAGGACUACAUGAACGCAGCGAAGAGGUUCGGAGCGCUGUUUAAGCUGCACCCUCACGAUAAGCUGAUAGCAAAUCAGCUGGCGAGGUGCUUUCAGCAAAUAGGAGACCUGCACUCGAGUCUGCUGGUGCUGGGCACGUACUUCAACAUGACCAUGGACACGGAAAUACUCGAAACGAUACUGGAGCUUAACGUGACACUGUCACUGUACGAAGACUGCUACAGAAUACUGGACGAUAUCUGCAAGUCGAACAACCUGACUCCGAAGGCGCUGCCAGUGGAGCACCUAGUGUACUACGCGGUGGCAUGCCUGAACCUGGAAAGAGAAGCCCAGAACGAGCUGAAUUUUCUGUACGAGAAGCCGAUGAACGUGAAGUACAUGUUCCUGAUCGCAAAUCACCUGUGCCCGAAGUACGCGGAGGAGUCGCUGAAGUGGUUCAAGAGAGGUUUCGGAAUGAUGGCAAUAGCAGACCAGCUGGACAUACCGACGACACUGAAGCUGGCUAAGUGCGUCAUAGCAGACGGAAACAAUCACAGGUUCCUAGCAGAAGUGCUGAAAAAGGCGCUGGAAAAGGCGCCGACGAACUCGGAAAUACUGAUAACGCUGGCAGACGUGCUUCUGCAGUUGGGGAGGAACGACGAGGCAGACGAGUUGAUAUCACAGCUGACACUUAAUGACCUGGAUAAAAUUAGAGACAUCCCAGAGCCUAUACCCGAGGAGGAGAGGAUGGAGACAUUUAGAAAAUUGAACAGUCAAAUAAGAGAGAUUGAAAUGGAAUGCCUGAGUGACCCAAAAAUUAGAAUAUACCCAUGUCUACUAUCGUAUGAGAGUAACGGGUGCCCGAACAGGAGGAAAAUGAACGAAUGGAUAGACGUGUUUCUGAAGGUAGUGAAAGAUUGCGAAUUGGAUACAGAAAGAGCAAUACAGAGACUAAAUAAGACGAAGAAUAGUAGAGCGAAUACACUCAGUGACCUGAAGGAAAACAUGAACAAAGAUGAAAACUCGAUAUUCAUGACGAGCGAAUCGAAAAAGUCGAUAAGCAAUAAGAGUUAUUCAUUCCUGAAGAUAAAGAAGGAGUUGAAUCUGAACUCGGCGGAAGAUAUACUAGGUUGGAAUGGAUAUGAGAAGCUGAUAUACACGGCUUCAGUAUUCAUGUGUCUGUGCAAAAGAGUGAAGGAAGCAGUGGAGAUGCUGGAAAUGAUAUCAAACAACAAAAAGAAGUAUAAAUCAAACUUGGAUUCAGCAGAGAGAAAGAACUUGAUAAAAAGAAUAGAGUACAUCAUCGCAAAGUGCAGCUCAUUCGGAGGAUUGUUUAAAAUAGCGAUAACGUAUGCCAGGAAUAAUUUUCUUAAGGACCCGUACCACGGAAGCCUGGAAGAAUACGCGUUGAUACUGGGAACGGGGAAGCUGGCACACGCAGCGCUGCUCCCACUGUCGUCGUCGAACGAAAAGGACACACUGUUGGAAAACAGAGCAUGGGUGACGAGACAGCUUCUGCAGUACCCAGAAAACUUUCAACUGCUCAUGCUGGGAGGACACUAUUGCACAAUGUCAGGAAACUGGUCGUUCGCAACCCAGGAGUACGAGCGAGCGUACCAAAAGAAGCAGAACGAUUCGCUGGUGUCACUGUGUUUGGCAACAAGCCACCUGAACUCACUUAACAGCAAAAUGACAGACAAUUUUAACAAAUCCUUGGUUCUGGGACUGUCGUUCAUGAAAAAAUACGUGGACCUGAGAAUGAAAUCGGUGGAGCACCUGAAUUUGCCGGAGCCGGUUAAAAUGGUGUUUGAGGCCGAGGGGAUGUACAACAUGGCGAGGGCCUACCACUUCAUGAAGAUGUUCGACUUGGCGGUGCCUCUCUACGAAAAGUGCCUGGACGUGGUCUCAACGCUCGAGUGCGGCGAGUGCUCGAGCGACGCGGAAGUGGAGUGCCCGUGCAUAGUCUGCGAGUACUGCAGAACCUCAGCCAGAAGCCUUCCGAGUUCCUGCAAGGGCUUCACGAUGGCCUCGUUCCUGUACAACCACGCCCGAAUUCAACUUCAGAGAGUACAGUUCAUACAGAGCAUAGGCAGAUACAUAGACUGA